AUGCCAGGUCGAAUAGUUGAAGACAGUAUCCCUCAGCUGGAUAUUGCGGUUAUCGGCUCAGGCCUCGGAGGUCUCAGUGCUGCAAUCGCCCUGCGGCGGGCAGGCCACUCCGUUACAAUUUAUGAGAGAUAUGACUUCGGCGGGGAGGUGGGAGCCUCGCUAAGUGUCGCUUCCAACGGAUCAAGACUGCUGGAGGAGUGGGAUGUUGAUAUCCGAGCAGCAAAGCCAGUGGUACUGAGGUCGCUCAUUAUGCACGACUGGUCCACUGGUGAAGUCACCAACACCUAUGACUUGGGAGAUUAUCGCGCUAGAUUCGGCACAGACUACAACAACUUCCAUCGUAUUGAUCUCCAUAAUGUGCUCAAGGAUACUGCAACAUCUAGCUCUGGCAAAGGUGUGCCAUGCAAACUCGAGGUAUGGCACAAGGCGACCGGCAUCGACCCCGAAACGGGCAGAAUUCAGUUUGAGAAUGGGAAGGAAGUGACUGCGGAUGCCGUUGUCUGCGCAGAUGGUAUCAGGUCCGUCUCUCGGGAGCAAAUCGGAGUGAAGCCAAAAUUUGUCCCUUCCACUUCAUGUUGUUACCGCUGUAUCAUUGGAGCGGACAAAUUGAGGGAGCUCGGUCUGGAGGAGUACCUGAACAAUAAUGCGAUAGAAUUUUGGGGCGGCUAUGGUAUCAACAAGAUUGUCCUCUCGGCUUGUUCAGACAACAACGUCGUAUCGUGUUACUGCUUCUACCCUGCGGAACUCAAUGAUGUAACCGAAGAUGGCUGGAACUUGUCGACAACGGCCGAAAAUUUGGUAAAGACCUUCCCUGGGCUCGACCCCAAGAUCCACAAGCUCUUCACGAACGCCGAAGAUAUCAAGAUGUGGCGGUUAUAUAACCAUGAUGAAUAUCCUUUCUGGACAAAUGAGAAGUGUACAUUGUUGGGUGAUGCGGCACAUCCAAUGGUUCCAGAUCAGUCUCAGGGCGCUUGUAUGGCAAUCGAAGAUGCUGGCGCUCUGGGAAUUGUCUUCAGUCCCAAGUAUAGUCGCCUCAGUGUGCAGCAGCGGUUGAAACUUUAUGAGACCACCCGGAAGGAGCGAGCAACUCGAGUUCAGUCAGCCAGUGCUCGCGCCAGAACAAAUCUGAGUGAGAGGAUCGGAUGGAGUAGCUCCAGCGAUCGUCCUGGGAAGUUGACUAUCGAAGAGAUCUGCGGCUAUGACAUUCAUGCUCAUAUUGCGCAACUGGCAGAGGAUUUCUAA